UGUGGGCGGUAAUGUUUCCCUGCGGUCACUGAAGCGCAGUACGGGAGGGCGGAUCAUCAUCGUGGUGGCAGCUACACUCGGAGACUCCCGACAAACUGUCAAAAAUAUUCAGCAAACGAACCAUGGCAGAGCUGGACCUGAGCCUGAGCGAUGCUCUGAUGGACAGUGUGCCCCAGGCUGGCCCGGAGGACCUGGUGGAGAGGGACUUUGUGGCCCAGCUGGAGGCCGAGGCCUUUGACGACCAGGUGGGAGAGACUGUGGGCAAGACGGACUACAUCCCCCUGCUGGACAAUGACGGAAAUAGGGCAGAUGCCGACUCUGUGUUGGAGAAUGGCGAGCAGGACGCCCAAGGGGCACAAAAACCUGUUACUACAGGUUCUAAAGUGACACCUGGGGGACAGAUGUCAGCGUCACGCCCAGAACCACAGGGGGAAGUGCGUCCCAAUUCGUCAGAGCAGCAAGUCUUUGCAGCCCUCUCAGGCUCCAUGACAGGCUUCCCUGAUCAUUGGAGCUCCCAGCCCAACAACCCGCCCAAGAUGAUGGACAGUGGACUGAUGGGAGAUUCUUCAGGUUUCUCCCAGCCUGCUAUGGGGAUGGAGAUGGGGAUAGCUCCACUAUCGACAGAGAGGCCUCCCAGCAUCGCAGAGCCCCAGAAGCCCCCACCUCAGGCAGCCAACACACCCAAGGACAUGUCUGCAGGUGCCCUGGGCGAUGGCUGGCCAGACGAGGCUUGCAUUCCCACCGACCUGCCAUUCACCCAAAACGUCUCCACGGUGAUCAGUCGCCAUGCCAGCCACCUGGCGGCCAGCCCCGAGGACCGCCCUGACUCUGGCUGGCCCCACCGAGAGGCCUCGGCCGUGGGGGAGGAGCGGGAAAGCAACGAAGGAAACGACCGCAAACAACAGCAGAAGAAGAAGAAGAAAAGGAGGCCCCGGGAUGAUGUGUACGACCUGGUAGAAAACAGGGGCCACCCGGAGGCUCAGGCUGAAAACACACCCCUGUCAGAGGGCCACCACAGGGUCUCCCCUCGCAAGGACAGGGACAGGAUGGAUGGAGGCUGGGAGCGCGAAGAGCCAGGGAGAAGUGGAGGCAGGGGAAAGAGGGGCAAGAGCAGGAAGAAGCUUCCAGAAGAGUGGGGAGUCACAGCUGAGCCCUUCGUGCCCUCUUCUGCCUCCUCUGCCAAUGACCUCCCUGAAGGGCUCCCUGAAGGGGUGUUAGACCAACUAGUACCCCCCAUCACCCAUUCCCAGCCCCUGGAGAACCCCUACUCCAACAUGAAGCUGAGUCCUGCCAGUGAGGAGUUCUAUGAGGGCCUCUUCCCUCCAUCUCUCACCCAGGACCUGCUCUCUCUCACAGCUCCCACCUCCCCUCCACCAGCCCUGGGCUGUGAGCUCCUGCCUACCGCCCCUGUCUCCAUGCCCACCAGUCAGGGAGACUUCUCGCCCAAGGGCACCUUCCCCAUGGCCUCACGUCCAGGAGACCCAUUCACUGCUAGCUACCAAGACCUGCUCAUGGAUACGGAGAGCGCUAGCAUGGGCAAUGCCAAAGAGCCUUUCUCCACAACCUUUCCCCUAGAUUCCCCAGUUCAUGAGUCGGGUGUCAAGGUGGUGUUUGAUCAUGACACCCCCAUGCACGAUGUCCAUAUGAAAAAUGCCUUAAGUUUAAGCCCCAUCCGCCAACCAGAUCGUGGCCUGUCCCCAUUGGAGAAGUUCAGUGAGCUCACAGCGACCGCUCCCCCUUUCUCCCCCUCCGACAGCUCCUGGCUCAUCAAUGACUCCAACUUCAACAACAACUCCUUUGAGUUCAGUGACAUCACUCCAGGGCGCCCUCUACCUCUGGGCCUGGCCUUCGACACACCCAGCCCAGCCCCCCUCCGCUCCCCAAAAACCAUACCGGAAUAUCACCCCAGGGAGGGCAAAUCCCCAUCACAGAAUAUACCCACGAAGUCCCCCUCCUCCUCCUCCUCUUCCACCAAAAGCCCCACCUCCCCGGGGUCUGGUCUGAACCCCGCUGCCAAGCCCUUCUUCCCCAGCUUUGCCGAACUCACGGAGCCCCUGGUGGUGGUGGCCCCCAUGUCUGAAGUCAAAUCAGAGAAGAUGGACAAACCAGAGAAAGAGGAGACGAUGGACCACUUUGAGAAGUUAGACCAAUUUGACAUGUUGGAUAAGCUAGGUAAAGUGGAGAAGAAGGAUUCGACUGGGAAGACUGAGGCGUCAGUGAAGGUGGCAUAUGCAGGCCCACUGGACAAAGGAGAGAAGAUGGGUAAAAUGGACAAGGCAGAGAAAACGGAAAAGCUGGAGCCGGCAGAAAAGGUAGACAAAGAAGAAAAAACUGAGAAGGUGGAUAAAAUGGAUAAGGGCGACAACACAGGCAAGGUAGAGAAAACUGACAAAGUAGAGAAGAUGGACAAGGUUGAAAAGCCUGAGGAGACAGAACAGAAUAUUGAAAAAGUGGAGAAGACCCCAGAGAAACCGGAGACAGUGGUGAAGUUGGACACAUUUGACAAGAUAGAAACACAGCCUGACAAGAUAGAAACACAGCCUGACAAGAUGGAAACACAGCCUGACAAGGAGAAGACAGACCAUGUUGGAAAGGUAACAGUAACAGCUGAGAAAGAAACAGAAAACGUUGAGAAGCCCAAAGACAACAUUGAGAAGCCCAAAGACAUCGUUGAGAAGCCCACAGAAAACAUUGAGAAGCCCACAGACAACGUUGAGAAGCCCACAGAAAACAUUGAGAAGCCCACAGACAGCGUUGAGAAGCCCACAGACAACGUUGAGAAGCCCACAGACAACGUUGAGAAGCCCACAGACAACGUUGAGAAGCCCACAGACAACGUGGAAAAGGAGGAUAAGAAGCCAGAGAAAACAGUGCUGGCUGAGAAAUUAGACAAGCAGGUUAAGGUGGAGAAAUCGGAGAAAAAAGAGCUGAAAAGUCCUGAGAAAAAGACGGACAAGAAAUCAGAGACUGCUGAUAAGGCCAAAAAACCUGCAAGUAAACCCUCGACCAAUGGGAGCAGUGCCACACCAAGCAAGGACCUGCCCAGUCCAGACAAGAAGACCAAGCCUGUCGCCGGGGCAACCAAACUGAGCGCCGCUAAGCCGCGGCCGAGCUCGGCAGCAUCCGCUGGUGCUGCCACCCCCAAACGCCCCACCCCUUCCUCCACCUCCACCACCACCUCAGCCACCCUCCUCAACAAAAAAACGCCCGUGCCCAAGGCCCCUACCCCCACUGCUGGCCCCAAGCGGCCUUCGUCCACAGUCAGCCGACCCACAUCCGCAGCCACCGCCUCCACCACUGCGCCACGUGAGGUCAAGCCCAAGACGACCACAGAGAGGCGUCCUCUAGUGCCAAAGGCCACCGCCGCCUCCACGGCUCGAACUGCUGCCCCCAAAAACGGCACUGCAACCACGGCAACCAGUAAACCAGCCACGGCGACCCGCAUGCCCCUCGCAUCCCGCACUGCCGGCAGCGCACCCGCAACCAGACGCCCUCUGGCAUCAAAGACUGACAGCAAGCCAGGAGAGGACAAGAAGCCCAGCACUCUGAAGUCAACAACGGCAGACUCCACCCGGCCCCGGACCAGCACCACCCGCAGCUCUAUAGCUAGCACCACCAGCGCCACCCCCCGUGUCCGCCCCUCCACCACCAAACCUGCCCCCUCCUCCUCCACAGUAUCAGAGAAGAAGCCGCAUGUGCCCCGCGUCCCCCGUCCCACCGCCACCACCCCCACGGGCAGUGCCAACGCCACACGUACCACCUCCCGCCCAGGCACAGCCCCCGCACCAGACAUUCGCAAUGUGCGCUCCAAGAUCGGCUCCACGGACAACAUGAAGUACCAGCCCGGAGGGGGGAAGGUCUCUGGCAGGAGCGACGCCCUGGCCAAAGGCUCCUCCUCCAAAGAGACCAGCGAGGCCAAAGUUCAGAUAGUCUCCAAAAAGCUGGACUUCAGCCACGUCACCUCACGCUUGGGUUCCAAGGACAAUAUCAAGCAUGUUCCUGGUGGAGGGAAGGUACAGAUACUCAACAAGAAGGUGGAUCUAAGCAAAGUGACAUCGAAGUGUGGCUCCAAGGCCAACAUCAAACACAAGCCUGGGGGCGGCGAUGUGAAGAGCGAGUCCCAGAAAGUGAACUACAAGGAUCAGGCUAAGUCCAAAGUGGGCUCAAUGGACAACCUCUGUCACGAGCCCGGCGGUGGCAACAUCAAGGCUGAGGGAGCCCAGGAGAUGGUGGAGGAAAAUGGGGCACCCUCCAGUGAUGCCCCGGCCAAGGUGCCAGGGCAGGCAGGCAGCCCCACCCAGGAGAAUGGGCUGAAGGACUGUGCCCCCUGUGGAAGCCAGGGCAUCCAUGACCCCCAGGGCUUUGACUCGCGCAUCCCUGAGACAAGCUUCUAAUUCUUCUUUGUGCUAUCCCUCUACCCUCUUCAUCUUAACCCCCUCCACAUCUCCUAUGUCCCCCACUCCUCUCUCUCUCCUUCUCUCCUCUUUCCCAUUCUUUCUGUCCCAUUUCCACACUUCCUGCUGCAGAUUGAGUCUUUCAAGCUCAACUUCCGCGAGAACUCCUGCUCUCGCACGGACCACGGCACCGACAUCAUAACCUGGCCAGCCCCGGGAGACAGCCCCUCACACCCACAAUGCAGCGUCUCUCUCUCAACGACUCCCUGACUUCUGCUGGCUGCCCCCUCCCUCCUCCCCCCGCUGGGACAGGGGAGCAACGGCACGCUAGCAGGACUCAGGUCAUCACCCUCAAUCCCACAUCCAAACACCUCACUCAUGUAUCAUUCUCUUACUACGCCUAAACCUGCGCUUACCUACCUACCGCUGUCCUGUGUUCCCAUUGGAUGAGCUGACAUUGUACAUACAGUAGACCAAGCUUCAAGCAGGUUGGGAUAGCAUUGGGAGGGGUAACGGAGGCUUGCCAUGUUAACUGUGACGUCUAAUUCAUGUUUCCUCACCUCUCCAAGAGCAUAACAUGGCAGUUGCAGCGUACAGUAGCAAAAAUCAGUCUUAUCCAGUAUUACAGUACGUCCUAGUGCCGUUUUAGUGAGAGUAAUCUACCAGGCAUCGCCAGCCCUGAACACAUCUGUUUGGUUCACAUAGACACCCCCCAAUGGGAAACCCUCCUAGACUCCCCUGUGGGUUAUGUACGCAGACUAAUAUGUGUGUAGAGCCCUUUUACUCGUGAACAUGUAGGGCUGUGGUGUGUUCCCAAUAACCAUUGAUUCAUUUACUCACUAUUUACCAACCAUCGACUCACUCACUGCCUCACCUCCCUCCUCUCUCAUAUCCAUGUACCCAGAGUCCAGACCCCUCUUUUUCACUGUCCAAGGGUUAAAAAAAUUUUUUUUAAAGCGCACUCACAAAAUAUUAGUAAACUAGUAGACUGUACUUGAACAGUAGGCUAUUUAACUCUCUUUAAACGGUGUGUUUGAUUGAAUAGUACUGUAACAAUGAGCUGUGGUGUUCUGUUCUGUUUACUUUUACAUUAGUUUAUUUUCCUCAUCAGCUUAGUUUUAAGGUUUGUUUCAUUGUUUUCUUCUUUCGUUUUAUUUCUCGUGUAAGCAAUACGGUGGAUGGUCUCUUUACCAACAGGGCUCAGAACGCCUCUUGAAUACACACACAUAUUCUUUACUCGAAACAAAGGCACACAGUCAUGAAGAUGCGACUCCGUUUAGGGCUUUGAGACUGAGGAAGCAUGUCGGGUGUGACGAGGGAGACGAAGACGGGUAAAAAGGGAGACAGCGAACACUGAGGCGUAGUGACGUAACGAUGUGUCCCCUUCACUGUGUUAAGACAACGUGUCAGAACAGUGCUGUCUAGGAAAGUUCAAGAGAGUAAUAGAAUGUUAAGAUGAAUAAUGUGAGGGAAAGUGUCUUGGAGGUUGGUGGAGCGAUGUGUCUUGUACUGUACGUGCCUCCUGUCCUGCUUACCUGAAACUAGGAUGGGACUCGGGCUGGAAGCUCGAGCUGAUGGACCCUUGUCCCUGGAGUGACACAGACAGACAGAAUGUCAUAGUUGAAAAUGAAACCGCAUGGUGGCACGGUAGUUUGAUUAGGAUUUAGAAUAAUCGUAUUUUGUGACCAGUCCUGCUUGUUGUCCCAUUUCAGCUGUUUUCUGAGGGUUCUGGUAAAGUGUUAUUGACAGUUAUAAGAGGACUUGCUGAAGGACUUGUUGGAACAUUAUUAGAGGUUCUGCUGAAGGACUUGGUUUUUGUCAGGCUGUUGGCAGUGGAACAUUCAAUGUGGCUUAUUUUACUUGUAGCAAUGUAUCCAACAAUUGCCUCCAAUUGCCUUUUUAGUGCAUGGCCAGGUAAUAUCAUGUCCAGAGCAGAAAGCCUAUGUGCAUUAUUACUUGCAGUGUUGUGGUUCAGUAUAUUUGUCCUUGGGGGCAAAUAGUCAGUGUUGUAUCUUGUUUUUUUUAACAGUGGGCAGGAAGAAAAUUGGGGGCUGUCAAUUUGAUUCUAAAUUCUAUUGCAGUUUGGUAUAUUAUAUAAUUCAGCUAUAAGUUUGUCAUGUUUUUUUAAAUGUGUCGAGCUCACAAUAAGGACAGUACACCAGGUACUCUUUUUGAGGAAUGAUCCCACCCCCCUAAUUCACAUCAAGAUGUAGGCCUACUUUAAAAUCCUCUUAAAUCAGAGAUAUGGAAACUUUUAAAAAGACCUUAAAUGCUUGAAUAUAUUAAAGCCACCACUGUGAUGGUAAUGUGUAUUUGAUGAAAGGUAUCUCUCCACACACUGAUUUCCUCCCAUUUUGUUCCUAAGAUAUCCAUGAAAUAUUGUUUAAGAGGUUGUAAUAACGUUUUUAAAUUAAAUUAACCACAAUCUAUUGAGAUGUGUGGAAUAGGCCUAAUACCCAGAGCCAAUAAAAGUCCAUUUAAAGUCCAUUUAAAUGUUUUAAGAAAAUGGUCAAUACAUUUUAUUGUUAUCAACAAGAUGUUAUUUUAAAAUUGGAGAGGUUUGUAGAUAUUGAUAUUUGAGCGGUUUUGUAGGCCAGCAGUGAUUGUUGUAAGAGGAACGGCUGCUGAGGUGGAUCGUAGUAUCGCCUCCGGUGCCACAAUCCUCAUCUGAUGGUAAAAUUUCAAUAUUACCCCUGAUCCUGACUUACCACACUUACUGGUAUGUUCUCUCUGAGAUUGCACACGGUUGUAUAUAAAUAGAUAUUUUACUGUUUUAUACACUUUCGCCACAGGAAAGGGAAAAAAAACGAUAUGAAAACAACAAUGAUGGUAAUAAGGAUGUUAAGUACAGCUUUUAUGUUAAUAUAUCUUUAACAGUUUUAAUGGUAAGGAGAUUCAUUAUUGUUAUUGAGCAAGUCUGCCUUUUUUCCAAGAAAAGGGCUGCUGAAGUAAAAGAAUGUUAUUGAGAUAUAACGUUCUAUAGAUGCAACACUUUUGUAUUUGUAUUUAUCUUGUGUUCCCAUAGCGACAUGGUGGUUGGGUCAGUGGGGAGUGUUUUGAUGGGUUAUACGCAUGGGAGGCAUAAUGAGGUCUGGUCCAGUUUGUGGAUUGCUGUCUAUUGAACAGUGUUUCUUUCACAAAUUGUAAGAGUUUUGUUAGCUUUCACAUAACCUUUGUCCAUCCCCACAACCCCAGUCUUAAGAGAUGAAAAUACUCUUAUUUACAGGUAGACCUUCAGAUGUGAUUUUGACAUUGUAGGAUACAGUCACCUUCUUGCGUUGAUUUGAAAACAAGAUACGUGUAACAUGGAAGGGAUUGAAACUAAUGUGUAGAAUUGCACUGUAUAACAUGCCAUUGUGGUGCAGGGCUUCCUGUUAAAGCAGGAAGUGGGAUUAGAAGUCAAGUCAUAUCUGUCAUUUAGGAAUAUUGUUGCCCUACACGCACGCACACACACAAACACACACUCUGUCCUGGAGUGUCAUGGAGACGUCCGCGCCCUAACACACCCUUAUGUAAGACUAACAGUAGCUGUCAGGUUUGGCUUGUGUUACUUAGAGCUCUCCAGUAAUGCUACAAUGAGCUCCAUAGAUCUGCUUCUACCGCUAGCGCACACCCAACGUGCAAGUGUACUCAUAGAAAACACCUAUUUAAGAGCAUGCAGAAACAAAAUGGAAUGUGUUCGCAGAAUUUGUCAUUUGCAGAAUUUGUUUUUUGUUUUUCAUUCAUUUUGAAUUUACAUUUUUGGUUUGAAAGAAGUGUUUAGUGAUUAAUUGUUAAUUAGUGAUGUGAUUAUUAAACAUAAAAAAAAAAAUGUUUAA